AUGCAGGGAAACGCGCUUCACCAUAAGCUGGAUGUGGUAGACGCGCAUAAGGCAAGUCAAACACAUAAUCCAUUUCUUCGGUGGUCAAUGGAAUCGGUGGUGCAUUUAACCAUACAUCACGUUCACCAUGCUUUUGUACCAAUGCACGAGCAUUCCCCGGAUUGGUUUCAAGAUGCAAGAUGCGGUUGGUAUGUGCAUAAAGUACAGGAUCCGUUGCCACUUCUUCAAAAGCAGGCAAACGAAUCACAGCCAAUUCACGCGGCGGAAAUGCUUCACGGCAACGCUGACAAUAUACAGUUGCUGCACGGUCAGGACGUUUAUUGGGUAGAUUAUCUGGUGAAUAUGCAUCAUCAGAACGGAUUUUACGGGGGCGCAAUUUAUCGCAACCAACUGCCACAACGUGUUCAAGAUGACUUAGCUGCCGUAGAAGCAGCAGAUGCGCUCAUCGUGGGAACACCUGUUUAUCCGCUAGUCGAUGUUCCUGUAUUGCUUGCUGCAUCGGGUGGUAGUGACCGUCAUGCUUUAGUUCUAGAGCAUCAGUUACGUCCAUUAUUUAGCUUCUUUCAAGCGCAAACGCUGCCUAUUGGUGUCUAUGCAACAGAUCGUGAUUUUACGCCUGAGUACACCAUUAAAAGUGAACACAUCCAAGACCGUAUCACUUUAGCCGUCGCACGGGCAUUGCCAAUUUUAGAAUGGGCGCCUGCAAAAGGUCAGCGAGCAGAAGUGGUGAAAGCCAAAACGGAACAAGCCAAUCAAAAUUUAGGUAUCAACAAACAGAUUGAGCAAGAUGAUGUGCUUCCUUCCGCGGCGAUACCAGACUUGGAUGCGGCAGAGUCUCGUCUACAUGCAAAAUCCAAAACACCACAAUCACAGUUUUCAUCGAAUAAUGGCCAAGCAAUUCGAUUUGCCUAUUGGGUUCCCAAUGUCAGUGGCGGCUUAGUGGUUAGUAAUAUUGAACAACGUACAGACUGGAGCUAUGACUACAAUGUUAUGGCGCUGAAAAUCAACAUGAAUCUGUGA